AUGCUCACGCAUUUGUUACCACCGCCACCAGUAGCAGCGGCAGCAGCAGGAGCAGCAGGAGCAGCAGCAGCAGCAGCAGCAGCAGCAGCAGCAGCAGCAGCAGCAGCAGCAGCAGCAGCAGCAGCAGCAGCAGCAGCAGCAGCAGCAGCAGCAGCAGCAGCAGCAGCAGCAGCAGCAGCAGCAGCAGCAGCAGCAGCAGCAGCAGCAGCAGCAGCAGCAGCAGCAGCAGCAGCAGCAGCAGCAGCAGCAGCAGCAGCAGCAGCAGCAGCAGCAGCAGCAGCAGCAGCAGCAGCAGCAGCAGCAGCAGCAGCAGCAGCAGCAGCAGCAGCAGCAGCAGCAGCAGCAGCAGCAGCAGCAGCAGCAGCAGCAGCAGCAGCAGCAGCAGCAGCAGCAGCAGCAGCAGCAGCAGCAGCAGCAGCAGCAGCAGCAGCAGCAGCAGCAGCAGCAGCAGCAGCAGCAGCAGCAGCAGGAGCAGCAGCAGCAACAGCAGUACAGUGGGGGAUGGAGUUCGUUUUGGGAGAAGCAUGGGUGGCUAUGAAAGGGGUUCGGCAACUGGUGGCUUAG